CUCGUAGUAGAAGAAAAAAAAAACCACAACCCUCCAAACCAAGAGAACAACCGAAGCAAAGUACAGAGAUCUUGCUCCAGUUCUUGUUCUCUAAGUCUCCCCAUCUUCAUCAUCAUUAAUGCAGUUUUUUUUUUCUAUAUUCAUUCUUUCUUGAUUUUCAAACCCGAAAAGAUUAAUCUCCAAGAUUUCUCUAUUCAUAUGUAUGGAUUUCUUUCAUAUUCUGACUGUUCAUAGAUCAAUCUAUUGUGGUCAGUUUCAAAGAUUUGCAAUAUGACCAUGUUUCCUGCUCAUCUGUCGUCGUCAAAGUAUGUUAAUGGCGGUUUUUCGGACAGCGGGUAUGACUGUUUUAUUAGUUUAGGAAGAGGGUUUGUUUCAGAUCUAAUGGCAGAGGAUGAAUCAAGAACCGAAACUAGUAUCGAUAACGAAGAAGCUGGAUCGAGCAUGAAAGAUGUUAAUAUUCAUGAUGAGAUGAAUACUGAGGAAGAUCAUGGCCGGUGGCUUCAGUUAAGUUUAGGUGGUGGACUGGAUAAUAGUCAGUCCAUCACCAGUACUGGCCACCAGAGACUGACGGCUGAGAUAUCAUUAACUCAGCCGUCAGUUGAUCUUGAUCUGGGAAGUGGUGGCGGUGGGAGCUCGUCACGUCAGAUGGGACAGCUACAGCCACCGCCACCACCCCAGCUCGUUUUUCAAGUUCCCGAAUUUCGGGGUCAUCCCCCGACAUCGAGUGCUUUCUUUUUGCAGCCGCACCAAACGGCUGCAGCCAUGAAUUCCGUGCCGUUUCUGACUUUACAACACCAACAACAGCAACAACAACAACACGAGACUAAUUAUAAUUAUUUGCAAUUAAUUAGGCCUUUUCCGGCAAACAUGAUGACAACAACUCUUAACCCUCCGGUUUCUUCAUCUUCUUCGUUUUCGGGUUCUUCGGAGCAACACGGACGUCCGCUUCACGUCCACCGUCGACUAAACGUAGCACGAGUGGUCAACCCACCACGAAGACCUCAUUCGGGCGUCUGGUUUAUGCUUCAGGCGUCUCAAAACCAAUUAAAGGAACCAUUUUUGCCUCAAAUUCCAAAGAGCUACCUGAGAAUCAAGGAUGGAAGAAUGACUGUUGGAUUGUUAAUCAAGUAUCUGGUUAAUAAGCUUGAACUUGGAAGCGAAUCCGAGAUAGAGAUAACAUGUAAAGGACGCCAGCUAUUAUCGUUAUUGACGCUACAACAUGUAAGGGAUACUAUAUGGAAUAGUCCAAGAAGUGAUGUCGGGUUUACCGUGACUCCCCAAUCUUCAGCAACGGUCAAUCAUUUGAUGGUACUAAACUAUGGUAGAAUCGCUUAAAGAUCGACUUAUUUGUUGAAAUUGUUUCUACACCCACAUGUCCACGAUCAUGUUUUAAUUUAUGGGAAGUUUUUAUCCCCUUUUGUUUUGUUUCCCUUUAAUCAUGCGGGUUUGGAUCGGAUUAAUUCUUUUGGUUCUUUAAUUGUGACCGUGAUAUCAAAAUCGGAACUAAUUACUUUGUUUAUGUGUAAAAUCAAUGUAAUUUAAUUAACUUGAGAGUAAAAUUACGACAAUCGUCAUUGUCAACUUGUAUGUUUUUUCUGUG